AGAAAACUGCUGAAGAAUAUAACGCAUAUCAUGCACAUAAUUACAAACAUAAAAAGCUAAAGUUAGCUUCAAAAAUUGAUCAGCAAUCAAGUUCAAACAAUAGAGCUGCAACAAAAUUGAGUCAUGAAUUUGAAUCAAAAAGACUAGAGUGA